UGCAUCUCCGCCUCCCAUGCUCCGCCCCCGAUCUUACGUUUCGCCCCCGGCAGCGCGGACAGCGGAGCCAAGAUGGCGGCCGAGUUGGAGUACGAGUCUGUGCUGUGUGUGAAGCCGGACGUCAGCGUCUACCGGAUUCCGCCCCGGGCCUCCAACCGCGGUUACAGGGCAUCUGACUGGAAAUUAGACCAGCCUGAUUGGACUGGUCGCCUCCGAAUCACUUCAAAAGGGAAGACUGCCUAUAUCAAACUCGAGGAUAAAGUUUCAGGGGAGCUCUUUGCUCAGGCACCAGUAGAACAAUAUCCUGGUAUUGCUGUGGAGACAGUGACAGAUUCCAGCCGCUACUUUGUAAUCCGGAUCCAGGAUGGUACUGGGCGCAGUGCUUUCAUUGGCAUUGGCUUCACAGAUCGGGGAGAUGCCUUCGACUUUAAUGUCUCCUUGCAGGAUCACUUCAAGUGGGUAAAGCAGGAAUCUGAGAUUUCCAAGGAAUCUCAAGAAAUGGAUGCUCGUCCUAAGUUGGAUCUGGGCUUCAAGGAAGGACAAACCAUCAAGUUGAGUAUCGGGAACAUUACAAACAAGAAAGGAGGUGCUUCUAAACCCAGGACUGCAAGGGGUGGGGGCCUGAGCUUACUCCCACCCCCGCCAGGAGGCAAAGUCACUAUUCCCCCACCAUCCUCCUCAGUUGCCAUCAGCAAUCAUGUCACCCCACCACCCAUUCCGAAAUCUAACCAUGGAGGCAGUGAUGCAGAUAUCCUUUUAGACUUGGAUUCUCCUGCUCCUGUCACGACACCAGCACCAACUCCAGUUUCUGCAAGCAAUGACUUGUGGGGAGACUUCAGCACUGCAUCCAGCUCCGUUCCAAACCAGGCACCACAGCCAUCCAACUGGGUCCAGUUCUGAAUGGCAUUGGCAGGACAUUAAGGACAGACUUGAGGAAUAAAAAUGACCUUGAGGGCACCAAUCUGUGAGGGAAGUUAGGAACCCAUUUGCUCCCCAGAACCAAAAUGACUGGACAAUCUUUUUCAUUAGCUUCUCCAUCACAUUCAAGCUGGUUUAUGUUACUCCCCUGUGUUGUUACUUGUACAGCCAAGAAAGUAUCUGUUAUCUCCUUCUUAGUACCAAGGUAGGGGACUAGUGGAUCUUAUCAUAGUUUUGGCUGACUAUGCAGGGCUCAAAAGGCCAUCAUCUGUUUGAGAGGGAAUGACCUCUAACAUCUAUAAAAGUUGUCUCAUCUGUCAAAUUCUUUAACUUAUUUCAAAAUCAUCUCAUGACCCUUGUGUGCCUCUUUGUGAAGCCCUAUUUAGCAAUUCCAGGGGAGUCAAAAACCUUGCAACUUCCUUCUCCACUAACCCAGGACUAAAAAUGGACAGGCUGACCUCAGUGUUUACAAAUUCAGAAUUUUGAUAGGGGUAGAUAUGGAGAAAGACCUAUUUCCUGGGUCUCUGCUGUGUAGCCUCCUUCAGGCUUAUUGUACUCAGUGAACAUCCAGUGCUGGGUGCAGCUCCAUCACCCUCUUGUGUGUUUACAUGUUUCUUUCUAUGAUAAGAGGGUUGUGUUAGUGGCACCUCCACUAUUCUUUUCUGUUUGUUGAAUUUGAAUUGUGGAACAUCUUUGACCAGUGGGUGUCUCUGUAAUGAAGGAGGUUCAAGAGGCUGUGCUUUCCAAGUGAUAGUCUAUAGGAGUGUUUAAUUUCUUGCAGCUCCAUCUGGUUGCUGCAUUUGAAGCAUGGCAUUAAUUUGUAUUUGCCCUGUUAUUUGACCUAAAGUUGAAGGGUUUAGAGUUUUUAACCUGAUCUGUAGAGCAGAGAGGUUGAAAGCACUUAACUCUUGUUUAGUGUCCUCAUUGCCUUGCUGCCUGGGUAUCUGGCCCCUUUCCAUAAACAUUUCAGUUCAUGUAGUUCUUUAAUAGAAAGCUGCUAUUAUGUAUAUUGUCAUUUGUGAAGGAAGUUGGAGAGUCACAGCUUUACUGUGACAGGUUUUGCCCAAGGCUUUGAUACCUGUCACCCAGGGUAUCUUAAAACCAAGUUGUUCUCCCACUACUUUCCUUUCCCUCUGCCCUGCCAUUCCUUUUACAAUGCUGUGAAAAAAGUUCUGCUUCUUAGGUGAAUGGGUACUUUCUAUUUUGUUUCUAAAUGAGCAAUUUUAAGGAUGAAAUGGGAAGAUAUCAUUGCUUCGUUUUUGCACCUAUUGGGUAUGUACACUCUGGCAGAAGGGAGUCCUUAUGUUUAGUUUCAAAAUAUAUUACUUUCCUGGAUUCCCUUCUUAACUUUUUCUGACUUCGGGUCCAUUUUCUUUUCAUUGCCUCCGUUUCUAGGCAGCUGUAUUCUUGCAGAGCCGUGGCAGGACAUAUUAAAAUUCCAACAGAAAACACUAAACGGAAAGUCUGUAGAAUCACUAGUGACUAAAUACUGGGAACCGAUUUUCUCAAUCUUCCUCCAUGUUGUGUUCUUUGUAUUCUCAAGAUGAUGAUAUAUUAUGUAUUUGAAUUCCUGAAAAAUGGAAAAUGUUUAAGAUAUAUGUAUAUAAAGCAUAUGCUGUGUUGGUGCAAUAAUGGUAAUUAAAAAUAUGAAAAAAGUGUC